CCCAUUAAGAAAGAAGCGAAACAGCAGCACGUGUACGUUAGUUUUCAAUUCAAGAGUGACACCGAAGGCCCAUCGUUGUGAGUAAAUUCGGUUCCUUAUUUUUCCUACUUCCUCUGUUGUCUUUACCACACCACUUCAUUAGACAUGCUUCUCUCUUUUGCCUCAACCAGGUUCAACCAUUAAGGCAUUGAAUUUAUUUGAUUUCAGGCCUACAGUUGUGUAAAAAGUCAAUCUGCUGGUUUUGAUCCAAAUUUCAACAAUGAUUCUUUCUGCCCUUAUAACUUCUGUUGCAAUUAAUCUUGGCCUCUGUUUAUUAUUUCUCACCCUAUAUUCUGUAUUGAGAAAGCAGCCUGGUAAUAUCACUGUUUAUGCACCACGCUUAGUUGCUGAAGGAAAAGUUAAAGAGGGUGGUCAUUUUAACUUGGAACGGUUGCUACCUACAGCUGGUUGGGUGAGAAAGGCAUGGGAGCCUUCCGAAGAAGAAUUUUUAUCAAAUUCAGGCUUAGAUGCUUUUGUCUUCAUGCGCAUAUUUAUCUUUAGUUUAAAAGUAUUUGCUUUUGGUGGAGUUAUUGGCAUGUUCAUUCUUCUUCCAAUUAAUUAUAUGGGGAGUCAGCUUAGUGAUGAAUCAGAUUUUCAACACAAGUCUUUGGACUCAUUCAGUAUUUCUAAUGUUAACAAUGGUUCAAACAGGUUAUGGAUCCAUUUUUCUGCUGCAUAUGUUUUCACUGGAGUUGUUUGUUAUCUUCUUUAUUACGAGUAUUGGUACAUUUCAUCAAAAAGAAUUUCUUGUUUCUAUUCAUCCAAGCCUCAGCCUCACGAGUUUACCUUAUUAGUCCGUGGUAUUCCUGUUCCACCUGGAAGCACAUGUGAUGAUACAGUUGAGCGUUUUUUCCUAGAGUAUCACCCUUCUACAUAUCUCUCACAUUCGGUGGUCCGUCGAAGCCACAAACUACAAAGUCUUGUUACUGAUGCAGAUACACUAUACAAAAAGGUUACCCAUCUGAAAAAUAAAAAUGAUGCUCCCAAAAGGCAAACACGAGAUGGGUUUUGGGGACUCUUUGGGCGCAAAGUCGAUAUUGUAGAUCACUAUGAAAGGAGAUUGGGAGAUAUAGAAGAUAAUGUGAGAAUGGAACAGUCCUCACUGGCAGCAAAGGAAGUUCGAGCUGCAUUUGUCUCAUUUAAGACACGAUUUGGUGCUGCAAUAGCUUUACACAUUCAAGAAAGUGUCAAUCCCACGGAAUGGAUUACUGAGAAAGCUCCUGAGCCUCAUGAUGUUUAUUGGCCUUUCUUUACCGUUUCAUUCAUUAAAAGAUGGAUUAGCAAGCUGGUGGUUUUUGUUGCAUGUACUUCUCUUACAGUUCUCUUUUUUAUCCCAGUUGCACUAGUACAAGGUCUUACCCAUCUUGAUCAAUUGGAAACGUGGUUCCCUUUUUUGAAAGGCAUACUGAGACUGUCAGUAGUGAGCCAAGUGAUAACUGGAUACCUUCCCAGUUUGAUUCUUCAGUUGUUUCUGUCCUUUGUUCCACCUAUUAUGAUUAUGCUUUCAUCCUUGCAAGGAUACAUUUCAUGGAGUCAAAUACAAAAAAGUGCAUGCACUAAAGUUUUAUGGUUUACUGUAUGGAACAUUUUCUUCGCAAAUGUACUAUCAGGGUCAGCUCUUUAUCGAGUGAAUAUUUUUCUUGAGCCCAAAGAGAUUCCUAGAAUACUAGGUGAAGCUGUACCAUCACAGGGUUCUUUCUUCAUAGCAUAUGUUGUGACUUCUGGGUGGACCACUAUAGCAUCAGAACUCUUUCGGUUGACUAAACUUAUUACCAAUUUUAUAAGUAGAAUUUUUGGUAGAAACUGUGAUGAUGAUUUUGAGCCCCCAUCAAUUCCUUAUCAUAGUGAAAUUCCCAGGAUUCGUCUCUUUGGUCUUCUUGGUGUAACAUACUUCAUCCUUGAUCCACUGAUACUGCCAUUUCUCUUGAUCUACUUCUGUUUGGGAUACAUCAUUUUCCGCAACCAGCUGUUGAAAGUUUAUGCGCCGAAGUAUGAGACUGGAGGAGAGUUUUGGCCUACAGUGCACAAUUCCACGAUUUUUUCCUUGGUACUAAUGCAUAUAAUAGCCAUUGGGAUUUUUGGUUUGAAGAAGCUUCCUUUAGCAUCCAUAUUGACUCUUCCUCUUCCAAUUCUCACACUUCUAUUCAAUGAGUAUUGCCAGAAACGAUUCUUCCCUAUAUUCAAGGACUAUCCUGCUGAGUGUUUGAUUAAGAAGGAUAGAGCAGACCAAAAUGAGCAUAAUAUGUCUGAAUUUUAUGAUAAUUUGGCCAAUGCAUACCAUGAUCCGGCUCUGAUGCCACUGAAAUAUUCUGAACGGUCUGAUAGCCAAAGCUCUCCACUUCUUCAUAGUUCAUAACUAUAGUCCUGUGGCUUUGGCUGCAACUGUAUAUAAGGCGAUGUACUUCCCAAGUUUCAUUUUGACUUCCUUUCAGCUUUAUUUGAUUGUCCUUGGUGUAGCAUGUCUGUUGUUUUCUCGUGAAAUUUGUUAGGAUUGAGAAUUUCUGCUUGGACGAGUGUGGAAACUUGUAAUAUCAGUGUAUAAACAAUUGCAAGGCCUUGUUUGUUAAGCACUUGCAGUCAAAUGAAAAGAAAGAUGACAUUGGAAU